AUGUCUUACUCACCCGCUCCUAUCACAGUGCUGACUGUGACACUGACCACUCCCUGGUUUGCUGUACAAUCAGACUUACACCAAAAAAAGAUCCAUCGCUCCAAACCACCUGGUAAAAUCCGUAUAGAUGCCAGGAAAACACAGAUUCCAGAGAAAGUAGAGGAAUUUGAAGAGGCUCUAGAAGCCGCUCUCCUCAAGAAACCUGCGAGCGAAAACGCUGAGCAGAGGUGGAGUUACCUCAGAGACACACUCCACCGUACAGCAUUAGGUGUCUUUGGAAGAAAGCAGGGAAAGACCCAAGAUUGGUUUGAGGAGUAUGCAAGUGAACUGAAUGUGGUCAUUGAAGAAAAGCGUACUGCACUUCUGGAGCAUAAACGCUCACCCAGUCAGCUAACCUUGCAAGUCCUGAGAACUGCCAGGAGCAAAGUCCAGCGCAUGGCACGACAGUGCGCAAACAAAUUCUGGCUUGAUCUCUGCAAAAGCAUUCAGUCAUCAGCCGAAACAGGCAACAUCCGUGGUAUGUACGAGGGGAUUAAGAAAGCCAUUGGACCGACACAAAAUGGCUCCGCACCUCUAAAGUCUCUACCUGGUGAAACAAUUACCGACAGAGGGAAGCAGAUGGAAAGGUGGCUAGAACAUUACUCAGAGCUGUAUGCAAGGGAAAAUACCAUAAAUGAGACAACACUGGACAGCAUCGAGACUCUGUCUGUUUUGUGGGAACUGGAUACAGUACCAACAUUGGAAGAGAUGAGCAAAGCUGUCGACAGCCUGCGCUCAGGUAAAGCACCUGGUAUGGAUGGAAUACCUCCUGAGGUCAUCAAGAAUGCUAAAGGUGUACUGCUGCCUGAACUGCAUGAUAUACUGUGUCAAUGCUGGGAGGAGGGAGAGAUACCACAGGACAUGAAAGACUCAAACAUUGUCACAUUAUACAAAAAUAAAGGAGAUAGAAGCGAUUGUAAUAAUUAUCGCGGAAUUUCGUUACUCAGUAUUGUGGGGAAAAUCUUUGCACGGGUGGUCCUAGGUCGGCUACAGCGACUUGCUGACAGAGUGUAUCCGGAGUCCCAAUGCGGCUUCAGGUCGGAGCGUUCCACCAUUGACAUGAUAUUCUCCCUCCGACAGUUACAAGAAAAAUGCAGAGAACAGAGACAACCCCUUUAUAUUGCGUUCAUAGAUCUAACAAAAGCUUUUGAUCUUGUCAACAGAGAUGGCCUAUUCAAAACACUUGCCAAGAUCGGAUGCCCUCCAAAACUUCUCAGAAUGAUCCAGUCCUUUCACACAGGUAUGAAGGGAGUCGUCCAGUUUGAUGGAUCGUCCUCUGAAGCUUUUGACAUCCGCAGCGGGGUAAAGCAGGGUUGCGUAUUGGCCCCUACCUUGUUCGGCAUUUUCUUUGCAGUCAUGCUGAAACAUGCUUUCGGCUCUUCAGCCGAAGGAGUUUACCUCCAUACCAGAUCAGAUGGGAAACUUUUCAACUUGGCCAGACUUAAAGCCAAAACCAAAAUCCGUGAAGUACUUAUCAGAGAUCUUCUAUUUGCAGAUGAUGCUGCACUGGCAGCUCACUCUGUGAACAAACUACAAACACUGUUGGACAAAUUCUCUGCUGCCUGUCAGGACUUCAGCUUGACCAUAAGUAUAAAGAAAACACAAGUGAUGUGCCAGGGAGUGGAUCACCCCCCUGCAGUCACCAUCAACAAUUAUGAGUUAGAAGUAGUUCCCAAGUUUACUUACCUAGGGUCCACUGUGACAGACAACCUCUCCCUGGAAGCUGAAAUAAAUUCAGCCUGGCAGAAAGUCUUCUACGUCAGCGCCGCCAUUUCCGUUUCCGGUUCCGUCGUGGCUCUGGGGUUCCUCCGGACUGAUCCGGUUUCCUGGGCGCAGGACCCGGAUGUAGACAAACUGUUCCAGCCAGCACGGCACAAACUGAUAAAUGACAGAUAG